CUUUAUCGCGCCGUGCUCAAGCGCAUUUCAAUCCACUUCCCGAACCACCACUGCUCAUCCAUCCUUGACUGUCGACGACCACAGCUUCCACCCGCGUCGCUCGUUCUAUCUCGCAAAGCAGUCUCCUCCUGUCAGCAUCGCCGCCGCCAAACCACCGGUCCCAGCAGCUGAAGAGCGUGCCCUUAGCGACCCACGAAGCCCCACGAGCCCCGAUCGGCCGAACCCUUGCGACGACAUCAUGAACUUCCCCGGCAUGGGAGGUGGCCUGCCGGGCAUGCCCGGCGCUGGCGGAAACGUGGACCCCAAUGAUCCCAACGCCGUGCAGAUGCAAAAAACGAUGAAGUUCAUGAGCGAGAUGCAGCACAACUGCCUCACCAAGACAGCCAUGUCCGGGGUCGCCGGGUUCGGGCUGGGUGGUGUGUUUGGCAUGUUCAUGGCCUCGAUGGCCUACGACACCCCCUACCACACGGCAGCGACGGCGGGCGCGCAGCAGACGCCCGUGUCGUCGCUCCCCUGGAAGCAGCAGCUCAAGAUCGGGUUCAAGGACAUGGGGGCGCGGUCGUGGAGCUCGGCCAAGAACUUUGGCAAGGUGGGCGCGCUGUUCACGGGCAUCGAGUGCGGCAUCGAGGGGUUCCGCGCCAAGAACGACAUCACCAACGGCGUGGCGUCGGGGUGCGUGACGGGCGCGAUCCUGGCGCGCAACGCGGGGCCGCAGGCCGCUUGUGUCGGGUGUGUCGGCUUCGCGGCCUUCUCUGCUGCCAUUGAGGCCUGGAUGAGGCAGCCUAAGGAGGAGUAGUGGGCGGCACGAGUGUUGGCGACUCGAGAGGUUGGGGGGGCGGGGGGGAGACGGCGGUAUCGUGGAUCGCCUCUUGCCCUUGGUUCGAAAGACGAAGACGACUGACAGACAGACGGUAAUGCCUUGAGUGAGUUGGUUAGGUAGAGGCGUUUGGUCUGCUUACGCUUUCGCAUUGAGCGUGUGUGUGUGCGCAUAGCAAGGUACGAAUGUGAUCAUGGCGUACGGGUGGGGAGGGUUUUCAUGGCGUUCAGGGCUGGCGAUCUGAUAUCAAGUUCGAUAGAUAUACUCGGGGGAGAUAGACGGAUGGACGGACUGGGGGACUUGGUCAUCGCCACUUACCAUUGGGGCCACUGGGAGCAAUGAAUUGCUUUCAUCCCAACCCUCCGUUGCCUCCCUGCCCGCCCGCCUGCUGGUCUUAUAACCCCCCCGGACCCAACCACAACCAAUACCGGCAGCUCCCCCCAUAAGACCAGUCUAGUCAAGUGGUUAUUCCACAUCACUCGGUUUAGGGCGGGAGGUACUACUUGCCGCGGGAUAAGUCGCUGGUUCGAGCCUCCCUGGUAGUACUCCGCGGAAGGCUAAAAGUACGCGAUGAGAGAUGUAGGUGCGGGCGCUGAACUCUUUUUGCCUUUUUGGCCCUCCUCGCCCUGGCCCCCAUUAGAAGAGAACUUUAUUUUUUUAAUGUCUUUGUGGGGUGGCUCUUCCAUUCCAUGUUGAACACCUAGCGGAGCUCAAGCUGGUUGUUGACAUGGCCACAAGCUCCUGACGUAUGACAACAACAACAACACCACCAUCACUACGGAAACAAACCGCAAGAGAACAUUUUACGCCAGACAGAGAUCCACGAGAUAGAAAAGAGACACCAUGACUUAUCAAAGGGCACAAUUGCUUAUUAAUGGGUCAUGGCACUUCAGUC